AUUCCGGUGGGGAAGAAGACAGCAGAGUGAACGUUUGAGUCCAGUGACGCUUGUUCAGGCCCGUUGCGCUCUCCCCUGUGUUGACGAUCAUCAGAAUCUGGAAAUGUCUGACACCCCAGUGGCUGGGGUUUCAAACAGGGGAGAAGACACUGCAGCGUCAUUAAUGAGAAAGGAGACAGAUGAUCAGAAUCUGGGAAUGUGUGACAACCGAAUGGCAGACGAUUCAAGCAGCAAAGAAGAUAAACAGCUUCAGGAAUGAGAAAAUAAUCUGAAUCUGGGAUUCUAUGACAUGACAAUGACUGAAGACUCAAACGGGGGGAAGAUACUACAACUUCAGGAAUGAGCAAGGGCAAGGUAAUUAGAAUCUGGGAUAGGGGGUGAAACCCCAACGGCUGAAGAUCCAGACAGAGGAAAAGAUACCACAACUUCAGGAAUUAGCAAGGACACAGAUCAUCAGAAUCUGGGGACAUGUGACACCACAAAGGCUGUAGAUGUGAAUACUGGAGAAGAUACAACUACCUCAGAACGACAAAGAACACAAUUAAACCAAAUUUAUUGUUUUGUUUCUUCUUCCCUAACCCUUCCACCACCACCACCCCACUUCCGAUCCACACUUGACAAAUAUGGAGUUCUUGACACAGUGCAAUGAGGACCAGCUGUUCAAAUUGACAAAGUUGUACCGGGACAGACUGGAACAAGCGAUUGAAGAAGUCUCGCCUGAAAUCAGCGCAUUGCUAACGUAUGAAAAGCAUUUCACUGGACAGGAACAUCAGAAAGUCAUUGAACUCGUGGAGAAGGGAAACCAGGCGGACAGUUCCAAACUUCUCCUAACUCUUGUGAUGGGGAAAGGCUCUGUGGCUCGAAGAAUGAUGUGGGAAUCCUUUGUGAAAAUGCACCAUAGAUUACCAAAGUUGGAUAAAAUACUUAACGAAAUACAGGAAAUUGAUUUGGAACAACUUGAUAACGUGAACAUUGCAAAACGUUUACCUGAAGUCCCCAGCAACCUGAAAGGUGUUCAGGAAAAACACAAGGAAGUACUCCGGGUACAAACUCAAACACUGCAAGUGAGCACAAUCAUAAUAAAGGAGAAGGUGAAGACUUUCCAGCUGGUUGAUCGAUAUACUGAGCUAACAGUCAUCUCUGCUCUUCGAGAUCGGAAACUUGUAGAGCAUGAAUUGCUGGCAAGAGGUCGAGACCAUGAGGAGUGGAGAGAGAAACAUCUCCGGAGAGAACUGGAAAAAAUUCCAGUCGAUUGCUUGUUCCAGAGCAGUUUUUCCUGGAUAGGAUUUUUGGUCCAGAAAUUAAAGAAAUGGUUUUGGCAAUCCAAUUUCGGGAGUUCAGCAGUAGUGAGUGGAGUCCCAGGGAUUGGAAAAACAACAAUGGUGCAGAAGAUUGUUCAUGACUGGGCCAUUGGGAAAAUAUACCCACACUUUCAAUUUGUUUUCAGCUUUAAAUUCCGGCACUUAAACACUUAUAACGGCAGGGUUAACCUGAGGAAUCUGAUACUGGAUGAGUAUCCUUACUUUGAGAAUGUUCUGGGAGAGCUCUGGAAGAACCCAGAGGGUUUGCUUUUUAUAUUUGAUGGUUUGGAUGAAUUCAAGGAGAGGAUCGAUUUUGCUGGCCAUCAGAGAAGCACAGCACCUCAGCACAUGUGCACAGACCCUGAAAGCUGGUGUGAGAUGUCUGACAUUGUGUACAGUUUAAUUCAGCACAAGCUGCUCCCAGGAUGUUCAGUGUUAGUGACCACUCGUCCCACUGCAUUACAUUUAUUGGAAGUGGCUGAGGUCAGUGUCUGGGCUGAAAUCCUGGGAUUUGUUGGUGAUGAGCAGAAGGAAUACUUCAACAAGUUUUAUGAAGAUAAGAAAGUGGCAGCAGCUGUUUUCAAACACUUGAAGGAGAAUGAGAUCCUGUCCACUAUGUGCUAUAACCCUUCAUACUGCUGGAUCCUUGGUCUGUCACUGGGUUCCUUCUUCACGCAAAGAGGCAGGAAACAGCAGCAUGUUCCCAGGACCAUCACUCAGCUAUAUUCCUACUAUAUUUAUAACGUUCUGGAAAACCAUGGCCGAGAGAUUGAAAACCCUCGUGAGGUGUUACUGAAGCUUGGUGAGAUGGCCUUUGCUGGAGUCUCUGAGAAGACAAUUGUGUUUACAAAUGAAGAUUUGAUCCAGUACAACCUCCAGCCCUCCCAGUUCCUGUCUGGUUUCCUGAUGGAACUUUUGGAGAGAGAUGAUUCUGUUCGCAGCAUAGUUUACACUUUCCCGCACCUCACCAUCCAAGAAUUCAUAGCUGCGUUGGCACAGUUCCUCACUUCAGAUUCUGGGAACAUACAGGAACUCCUCAGUGAAGCCCAUAGCAAGGAAGAUGGGCGCUUUGAGAUAUUUCUCCGUUUUGUUAUUGGUCUGUCUUCUCAGUCAGCCAGGCCCCUGGAGAAGCUCCUUGGUCCAUUUUGUCAUGCGACAAUCUGUCAAGUGAUUGCUUGGGUGAAGGAGAAGGUUGAGGAACAGAUUAAAAACGCAGCAAGUAAACCUGAUCAAACCAACCUGUUGAACACAUUGCACUACAUGUUUGAGUCUCAGAAUAAGAAACUGCUUCAGGAAAUUGUGGAAUCUGCAGAAAUAUUUAAUUUACGUGGACUGAGACUGACUCCGAUUGACUAUCUGGUCCUAUCCAGUGUCUUUGAAUUCUGUGAUUGGGUUAGAAAACUCGACCUGCGGAAUUGUUACAUUAAGUGCGAAGGAUUGCAGCGGCUGGAUUCCAUACUCCACAAAUGUCGUGUGUUGAGACUGAGUUUUAAUGAACUUGGAGAUUCAGGAAUGAAACUACUGUCUGUAGUUCUGAGGAAGCCAGACUGUAAAAUACAAGAACUGGGCCUGGAGGAAAACAGUCUGACAGAUUGUUGUGCCGGAGAGCUCUCAUUUGCACUCAGUAUAAACAGGUCACUGAAUGUGCUGAAUCUGAGUAAUAAUGAGCUGGGUGAUUCUGGAGUGAAGUUACUGUGUGUCGCUCUGAGGAACCCUGACUGUACAAUACAGAAACUGCAAUUGGCUGAUGAUGGUCUCUCAGCUUCUUGUGUUGAGGAUCUUGUCUCUGUUCUCACUACAAACCGAUCACUGACAAAUCUGGACCUGAGUAAUAACAAACUGGGAGAUUCAGGAGUGAGACUCCUGUCUGUACCCUUGGGGAACUCGGACAGUAAAAUACAGGAAUUGGUGCUGAAAGAAGUUGGUCUCACAUCGGCUUGUGCUGCAGAUCUGGCUUCAGCGCUCCGUGCAAGCCCGGCACUGACCGUUCUAAACCUGGGUUAUAAUAAACUGGAGGAUUCAGGAGUAAAAGCACUGUGUGAAGCUCUAGCCAAUCCUAACUGUCAAGUACAGAAAUUGUGGCUCUGUGAGAAUGGGAUCUCAAAUGCAAGCAUGAAGUAUCUCACCUUCGCUCUCAGUUCAAACUGUUCAUUGAUCGAGUUGGACUUGGGCCACAAUAAAGUGCGUGAUUCAGGAGUGAAGCUUCUGUCUGCAGCUCUGCAGAAUGCAAAAUGCAAAAUUCAAAAACUGCGGCUGGAUGAUAACCGUCUCUCAGAUUCCUGUACUGAAGAUCUUGCCUCAGCCCUUAGUUCCAACCGGACACUGACACGGCUGAAUCUGGAAUGCAACUCCUUCACUGAUCAAUCAGUCCCAGCACUCCGCCGAAUCAUAAUGAAGUGCACUGGUCUAGCUUGCAUCGAGCUGUGGGACAACAAGUUCAGUUCAGAUGGAAAACAUCAACUCAAGUCACUCCAGGGUACAAGAUCUGGACUCAAUGUGGAGUUGUCAGCACGUUAAUUAUCACUUUGGCAUGAACUUGUGUUUAUAUAGAACAUAGAACAGUACAGCACAGAACAGGCCCUUCGGCCCACGAUGUUGUUCCGAACAUUUGUCCUAG